AUGAUGCCAGCGGGCGCUGUAUUUGUAGCUGUGGUCGUUAGGCUUGUAGUAACACCCACCGACCGCAAAAUCCUCCUUUCCAGUCCUCCCCCGUCUCUACCACCUGCUCUCUUGAUUUAUGGUCGCAAUGAAUUCAUCCAGACUGCUGUUGGCAAAGUCCUUCAAAGGUCCGAGGUCAAGAAACAUAUAGCUAUCAGAGGUGGCCCUGGAAUGGGCAAAACCGCAGCCGCAACUGGAAUCGUUCACCAUCCUCAUAUCGUUCAACAUUUUGGGAAUGCACGUCACUGGGUUGAUUGCCGUGAAGCAUCUGAUGUCGCAGAUGGCUUGAAGGCCCGAAAGCUCCUCGAAUUCAUUUCUGACAGCCUUGACCUAGAUCUCACGGCCUCAAGUGACUGCCGCAAGAAUAUCAAAUAUUUUCUGGACAAUAAUGACGUCCCCCGUAUCAUUGUAUUAGACAACUUCGAAACCAUGUGGGAGCCUCCCAGCGCACAGGAAGAGAGUGAGGGUAUCUUGACAUUCUUGGCCCGGUUCCCUCGGCUCACAAUUAUCAUUACAACUCGCAAUGCUCAUGAUCCUGCCACCCAUCGUGGUGUAUUGUGGCACCAGUUUGGGUCCAUCCAGCCGCUAUCAUUGGAUGCAUCGAGAAUGCUGUUCACCAGCCUGUCUCCCAGCAGAUCUAUUGACGAUCGCCUUGAUGAUAUCCUUCAUGCGGUUGAUUACAUCCCUCUACCUAUCGUCCUGAUGGCAUCAUCUGCACAAGAAAACUACACGACAUCGAUGAUCUUGGGAAUUUGGAACCGUGGCGUAUCCAAAUACAAUGAGAGCCAGCCCCGUAACGAUGACAGUGAUCCCAUGAACAGGCUCGACCACUCCAUUGCCAUGUCUCUCAAGGGUCCUCUGAUAAAAUCCAAUCCAAAAGCUCCUGAGCUCCUCCGCAUCAUUGCAGGUCUACCUGCUGGAAUUGGACGCAAGAAUCUCCAGAGAAUUGUUCCACUGAUUCAUGAUGUUGAACGUGUGGCAGCAGUCCUUAUCCGAACCUCCCUGUUAAUGAAUUCACCUGAUGUUCUGCAAAUGCACUCCACCAUACGCUACCACAUGCUUCGUAAUUAUGCCCUUGAUGCCUCCUACAAGGAAAGCGUUCAGACAUUCUACUUCCAGCUGAUUCAUAAUGCGGGAGGCAAUCCUGGAACUCAAGAUUUCUUGGAACAUAUUCACAGUCUCUCUGAUGAAGAAACCAAUGCUGAAACACUUCUUCUAGAUGCUUUGGAGCACAAUUUUAGCACUGCAGUUUCGAUCUCCCUGGAUUACUCCAACUACCUUAGAUGGAACGUACCGCGCCUGGAUGUACCCAAGAGGGCUUUGGAACUGAUAAGAAAUCAGCCCCUGGGAGGUGCAGAUUCAUGGUUGCCCCUUGCCUUGCUACGUCUUGGAACGAUAUAUCUCAUACUCGAUGAUUUUCCCAAAGCAAUCGAGGCUUUACAGGAAGCAGUGGACCUAUACGAAAAGCUCAAUCAUUUGAGUUGGGCUGCCCAAGCUCAGCUUCUACUUGCGGAUAUUGCCCGCCUUCGAGGUGAACACUCCGGUGCUUUCCAAUUGUAUUCUGAGGCAUACAACCGCUUUGAAGAUGUCGAUGAUGCUCAUCACAUGGCUGCGUGCCUCCGCGGGACAGGAAUCACUCACUUCCAGGUCAAUCGUCUCUCGGAGGCACUGGAAAUGAACUCGGCGGCGCAAAAGACAUGUUCACCUGAUGAUUACGCCUGCAUCACUGACUGUGAACGCGAACUGGGAAGGAUAUACAGAGCUCACAACCAGACAGAGUCAAUCAGAUUAUCUGCAAAAGCAAGGGACUAUUACCUGAUUCAUGGCCCUCAAAGGCAUGCCUCGCUUGCUCUAUAUCAGAAAUCAAUUGCCCUAUAUCUGCAGGGAGACUACAAUGAGGCAGAUGUUGGACUCAAUGACGCAUUUCAAGAAUUUAAGUUCUUGAGGAAUGACGGGCAGAUGGGUUAUUGUAUCUUCCACCUUGCUGAAAUGAAUAAGAUGCGAGGAACCUAUCGCAACGGACUGGAACUGUACCAUCGUUCCGAAACCAUGUUUGAACACAUGCCAGGAAACAAGUACAUGGUUGGCGUCUCCCUUCUAGGGCAAGCUAAACUAUACGCUAAGCUUUGCCAGCCGGACAAGGGAAGGCAGGUAUAUAACAGUGCCCACACCCUUCUGAGAGAGCUCAAUGCAAUCGAUGAAGCGACAGUUGCAAAUGACAUUCAGAACAUAAAUGACAUGUGCGAGCCUGCCAUAUGGCGCCGUAAUAUGAUUUUCAGGCAUCUUCCCUUGAUCCUCGCUUGCAUGAUACUCUGCUCGCUACUUGUCCGCUGGCGUUCGCGUCAUCAGAAAGAAAAAAAGCAAGAUAGGUCUCUGGAGCUAGGGCGACAAGGAUAG